GUCACUGUCAAGCGCAUUAAAAAUAGUUUUGGGCGUUUGAUGUUUGAGUCUGAUUUCUAACUUUUGAGAAUUAAUAGAUUCUCUAAAUCAAUAAAUUCGUAAUCAUUUAAUUGCACCCGAUGGGAGCAUGAAAGUUUAUUUAUUUUAACACUGUUAACCUGCCUUUUAUCACAACCAAUACCAGCAAUGCCUGGCACGAACCUCAUAGUUCCAGUGGUCCUCUGGGGCAAGCAUGCCCCUACUCACUGUAUUUCCUCUGUGUACCUGUCACGUGACCAGAAGACGUUAGUGACCGGAUGCUACGAUGGCCAGAUCUGUAUUUGGCAGGUGCAUCCCGACAGCUUGAAGAUGACACCAAGAUGUCUCCUUGUGGGGCAUACAGCACCAGUAACAUGUCUGUCACGCGCUUCGAUUAUUCAAGAUAACAAUUACAUAGUGAGCUCAUCGGAGGCUGGAGAGAUGUGCACCUGGGAUUUAGUGGAUGGUAAAUGCAGAGAGAGUGUCAAAUUAUCUCAUGUCCACACUAACAUACAGGCAUACCACAUGUGUAACAGUGAAGAUCUGCGCCUGUUCUGCAAUGGUUACUAUGCAGAGAUACUAAUAAUGGACCCUUUUUCAUUGGAGAUUUUAUUCUCCUUAAGUUCUAAGAUGAACCCUGAUUGGAUAUCAGCAUUGCAUGUCCUACGUCCAUCUUCCAGGAAGGAUGACGUUGUACUGGCUAUUUCUAUCACUGGAACUGUUAAAGUUUGGUCGCUGUUGGGGCACGAGAAUAAACAAUCUGAGCCGAUAUACGAGAACGAGUCCAAGCAGAUCAGGUGUUUGAACGCACUCUCAUUGAACUGCUGCGCUUACAACCAACGAACCGUCCUGAUAGUAUGCGCUAAAUACUGCCAAAUAUAUGACGCCGGUGAUUUCUCAGUUCUGUGCUCGAUACAAGCACCAUCAGGUGAACGCUGGAUGUCUGGUGACUUUUUGGCACCAGAUAGGAUACUGGUGUGGUCUACGGAGGGCAAGGGAUACUUGUACAAGCUACCCGCUAAUUCUGUACCAGAUCAUAAAGGCUUCCAUGGACCUACCGUGGAGCAUGACAGCCCUACACUGUACGGACUGUUGGCUCAUCCAGAUAAUAAGGUGUUAUCGUGCCCGCCGGCUAUACGCCUCGUGGUGACGUCAGUGCGUGGCGAUCGCCGUCGACUCUUAGUACGCGGUGACUCCGCAGGAGUUGUGUCUAUAUGGGACGUGGAUGCCGCCGCGCCACUACUGCAGCAGCAACAGCAGCUGCCGUCUCAUCCGCCGAAUGUGCUGACAAGUCUAGAGUUGGCUUGGGCCGAAAUGAAUCCAAGCCCAGUCGGUAUACUCGACCAAUUGAACUUACCCGAUGAACCAGAGAUAAAACUGACUGCGUCUAUCUACCUCCUGGCUGCUAACAGACUAGUGGUCGGUAGGGAGGAUGGCUCCAUAGUAAUAGUGAAUGCCACACACACGAUACAGCUGCAACUGCUGCACGGCAGUCAUCAACAACGAGAGGAUUGGCAUUGUCAUCAAUUACUAUUGGGUCAUAAUGGCAGAGUGAACUGUCUCCUAUAUCCCCAUCAUGUUCAUCAAAGAUACGACAAAGCUCAUCUCGUGUCUGGCGGCAUAGAUUUUGCAGUAUGUCUGUGGGACUUGUUCAGUGGUACUUUGCUGCAUCGGUUUUGUGUCCACGCGGGUGAAAUCACACAGCUUAUAGUUCCACCGCACAAUACAAGCGCGAGAAUCCAAAAGUGUAUCUGCUCUGUAGCUUCAGACCACAGUGUCACACUAUUAAGUCUGACGGAGCGCAAGUGUGUGACACUAUCGUCACGUCACUUGUUCCCUGUAGUGAACAUAAAAUGGCGUCCAGCAGACGAUUUCAUGGUGGUAGGAUGCAGCGAUGGUACUGUGUACGUGUGGCAGAUGGAGACUGGACAUUUGGACCGCGUUUUGCACGGUAUGAUAGCAGAAGAGGUAUUGGCGGCAUGCGAUGAGACGAUAUCCGAUGACCUGGGCGGAUCGUUGGCUUCAGGCACCAGCGAUCUGCAGGGAUUAGCUAAUCCAGCUGUGCAUUUCUUCAGGGGUCUCCGUCACCGCAAUUUGACUGCGAUGCGUGCGGCAACACAACGCGGACUAGCGGCAUUACAGGGCCCCUUGCAUGCUAACAACGCCGGGCCCCUAGCGGAGCCCGCGCGAGCUCGACGUGCGCAUCUAACAGUGCAAGGCUUCCGAUCCAAUCCCAAAGACCCCGAAAGCCACAUACUUUUCUUCGACAUCGAGGGGCUUAUAGUGGAACUCCUCAGCGAAGAGUAUUCUGCCAUGAGUCCCGCUAGUCUAGAGGCUGCUGGAUAUAUAACCAGUGAAUACAUGAAAGUGGCUGCGCUGACGCAGUCGGCUAGUCCUGAUGCCACCAAACGGAUAUCCGGUAUACUAGCGAAAAUGAAGGAGGGAGCGGAAACUGUGCAGACGAAACUCCAGGCGAAAGCCGAACAGCUGAAGGGGCACCUGGAGACUAAAGAUGAAACUGGUCAGGGUAAACGUCACCGGCCCAAAGACAUCACGAUGGCUGAACCCCCGCACACCAUGGAGAUCGCACAAAUACUAAUUUCGCUGCUGCACGCGUGGGGUCUCGAUCCGGAUUUGGAUAGAGUUUGCGAGGCGAAGCUGGGUCUUCUGAGACCUAUGGUGCCUGUAUGCUUCGGCGUGGUGUCCCGUCACGGUCAUAUGGCUGUGCAGCUUCCAACCAGACUCGGGGGCUGGGCGGAAGCGUGCGACGCGGCACCUGACGAUCCACUUCUCAUCACUAGCGAGCUGCCUGUAGAGCUCCUGCGUCAGGAGAAACUCACCAGGUUGUUCACAUCGAAACUGCAUUGGGAGCUGAGCACCACUUUGACCACUAAUCACCUGCUGUCCAUCGUCGCCCUCGCCAACACUCUCAUGUCCAUGAGCAAUGCCAGCUUCGUACCUGAGCAGGAGGUGGUCAGACGUCUGCACAGGCCAUCUACUAGGAGUUCGUCUUCAUGGGCUGGUGAUGAAGAACGAGAAGAGCAACUGGCAGCGCAACAAGCUCACAUCAAACAGGGAUGGUCACUACUGGCCACGCUACACUGCGUCCUGCUUCCAGACAAGGUGGUCGCUGCAGGUGCUAAACACUUCAAGAGGCCUCAGGUUGAGAUGUUAGCCCGCAGAUGGCAGCACCACUGUUUAGAAGUGCGAGAGGCUGCGCAAGCACUACUGUUGGCUGAACUCGGCAGGCUGGGUGCUAAAGGUCGCAAAGCUCUAGUGGACAACUGGGCACAAUACCUCCCGUUGUACACGCACACGGAGAGUAUUAACCCUCACGCUGUCACGAAGGAACCCGUAGAAAAGCAAGAAGAAGAAUUUGAGGAGGAAGAGGAAGAGAUAGUGCGCAAACCGUCCUCUCUAGCUGAACUGAAACGUAAACAGACCACAGCUGUCGUACUCCUUGGUGUAAUUGGUGCGGAGUUUGGACAGGACAUCACCAGUGAAGGAGCGGCGGGCAACAAACGGCGUAAAGACGGCGACAGUAGGAAGAGCUCUGUCGUAGAAGGCUUCACAUUGAGCGCUUCUAACAAUCUAGCGCGCCUGACCGCGUUAGCUUUGACGCAUCUCCUGUUGUCGCCGCCGUGUCCACGUUUACCUGCGCACACGCCGCUGAGGCGGGCCGCUGUCGAUCUGUUGGGUCGCGGGUUCACUGUUUGGGAACCAUACCUGGAUGUCAGUCACGUGCUGCUAGGCUUAUUGGAGAUGUGUUCGGACGCGGACAAGUUGGUUCCUUCUAUGACGUACGGAUUGCCUUUGACUCCGCAGGCGGAUUCGUGCCGUACGGCGCGUCACGCACUCACGCUUAUAGCGACGGCCAGGCCGGGCGCGUUCAUAACGACGAUGGCCCGCGAGGUGGCGCGGUGCGCGGCCGCGCAGCAGGGCGGCGCGCCGGCGCCCGCGCACCACGCGCUGCAGCGCGGCCGCGCGGAGGUGCUGCGCGGCAUCGAGCUGCUCAUCGACAGGAUGCACAACGAGGUCGCCGAGCUGCUGGUCGAGGUGAUGGACAUAAUUCUACACUGCGUUGAUCAGUCCCAUUUGAAGAGUCGUGGUCUGAACGAAGUGUUCCCCGCCAUCUGUCGUUACAAUCAAGUAUCACAUUGCCCCGCCACCAGACGGAUCGCGGUGGGCAGCCACACUGGCCAACUGGCGAUGUACGAGCUUAGGGCCGGUCGCUGCCAGUCACUGGCGGCUCACAGCGGACCGGUGACCGCGUGCGCGUUCAGUCCGGACGGACGUUAUCUCGUCUCGUACGCCAUAGCCGACAACAGACUGUCAUUCUGGCAGAGCACGGCUGGCAUGUUCGGUUUGGGCGCGGCGCAGACACGUUGCGUGAAGUGUUACAGCACCGCGCCCAUGGCGGACGUGGCUCGACUAAAUCCCGCGAGACUCGCCAGACUCGUGUGGGCGAACGCGCGCACCGUCACACUCAUGCUCGCCGACGGUUCAGAAACCAGAUUUAACGUGUAA